CUGCUGCUUUUGGCUUUGCUCGUUGUUCCCGUGAUGGCCCCGCUCCUGCUGCUAGAUCUCACAUUCUCAGCCCACAAGACCAGUGUGCCGUCAGCCCCUCUGGACAUCGGCUCUGUGCAGCUUUUAUCCUGCGCAGACCAGAACCACUUCUCAUCCAUUUUCUCGCGCUGCCUCAACAUGUAUUUGGAGAACAAAACCAACCUGGAAAUCGAGAUGUCUCAGACCGCAGCCCAGGGCCACCAGGGCAGGAGCAGCUUGCGGUCACCGGAGGCGGUGGCGGGUAACUUCGGGGAGCUGCGUCUUCUGCAGGGCAUCUCUGAGCGGGGAGACACCCAGAAGCUCCAGCAGUCAGGACAGUGCGUCAUCCACACAGAGGGAUUAGUUCCUGUUAGACAAGAGGACAGGCAUAGCUUCAGUGCGGUUAACUUUCUCAGAGGAAAAACAAAUUCAGCCAACCUUACAGAGAGGUCGCCUCUGCUGAGAUUCUCUCAAGAUGACAGUAUUACCUACAUGACUGUACAUGAGCCCAGUUUUGUUGGCGUGGACGAGCCCUGGGACAAUGGCUCCCUGGACAUCGAGAGACGGUACCGGUUUGGUAGUGAGGUCACAAACCUGUCCCACUCCAACUCCUCUGAGAAGAAUGACACCCUGGAGAACCUCAGUAACAGCUUCAGACUCACCAGCAGUGUCAAAUGCUGUCUCAGAGCCUCCAAAACUGUCACUAUGUUUGCUAUUGUUGUUCUCUGCAGUCUGUUCUUUAGUAUGUAUCCGGAUCGAGACAACCCCUGGAGGAUGUUGGCAGUCUCUCCAACAGAUAGCUUCUCCAUGAAUGUGACAGACUUUCGAGACAACGCUCUGCUGAAGCUACAGGUGGCAGGGCCUUUUGCAGCAGGGACGAAAGACAUGGCCCCCCAGGAGUACAUCCUGAUCCAGGUGGAGCAGAUAGAGCAGCCAGGACAGCGAAGAAGGAGGACUCAGCAGGCAGGAACUUCUACACUUAUUUUUCUCUGUGAAACAUUAAUGAAUGUGAGGGUGAAUCAUUUAUACGUUGCUGUCUGGGAACAGGUCGCCUACAACUGGACUAUUCCUCUCCACACCGAACGGAGUGACCAGAGAGUGGUGAAAAAAACCUUUGAGAUGGUUAGCAGCGAUUCCAUCGCCAUCACAAUUCAGGCCUUCCUGCAGGAUAAUGAGGUGGUGCCACUGUCCAUGACCCACCAAUCGCUCUACGUCACUAUGGAGACACAGGUGGCCAUCGCUGGAGUCAUCCUGGCCGGGGUCUACGUGCUCAUCAUCUUUGAGAUUGUGCACCGCACUCUGGCUGCCAUGCUGGGAUCAUUAGCUGCCUUAGCUGCACUGGCUAUUAUUGGUGAUAGACCCAGUCUGGUGACUGUUGUGGAGUGGAUCGACUAUGAGACACUUGCUCUUCUUUUUGGCAUGAUGGUGCUGGUGGCAAUUUUUUCAGAGACGGGCUUCUUUGAUUAUUGUGCUGUGAAGGCUUACCAAUUAUCGAGGGGAAGAGUGUGGCCCAUGAUCAUCAUCCUCUGUCUGAUAGCCGCCAUCCUGUCUGCUUUUUUGGAUAAUGUGACCACUAUGAUGCUUUUCACCCCUGUCACCAUAAGGUUGUGCGAGGUGCUUAAUCUAGACCCCAGACAUGUCCUGAUUGCAGAAGUAAUCUUCACCAACAUCGGAGGGGCCGCCACAGCUGUCGGAGAUCCGCCCAACGUGAUUAUAGUGUCCAACCAGGGGCUGCGCAAAGAAGGGAUCGAUUUUGCCAGUUUCACAGGCUACAUGUUUCUUGGAAUAUGCCUCGUUCUUCUCACCUCAUUUCCCUUCCUGCGGAUGCUCUACUGGAAUAAGAAACUUUACAACAAAGAGUCCAUCGAGAUCGUUGAACUCAAACACGAGAUCCUGGUUUGGAGGCAAACGGCCCAGCGUAUUAACCCCGCCAGCCGAGAGGAGACAGCUGUGAAAUGCCUUCUGAUGCAAAAAGUGCUCACUUUGGAAAAUCUGCUCCGCAAGAUGAUGAAAACAUUCCAAAGACAAAUUUCUCAAGAGGACAAAAACUGGGAGCAAAACAUUCAAGAGCUGCAAAAGAAGCACAGGAUAACUGACAAGGUCCUCUUGGUGAAGUGUGCGUCCGUCCUUUGUGUGGUGAUCUUCGUGUUCUUUCUCAACUCGUUUAUUCCCAGCAUCCAUCUUGAUCUCGGUUGGAUUGCCAUCCUGGGUGCACUCUGGCUUUUGGUUCUGGCUGACAUACAAGAUUUUGAGAUCAUCCUGCAUCGGGUGGAGUGGGCCACGUUGCUGUUUUUUGCUGGCCUCUUUGUGUUGAUGGAGGCUUUGGCCCAGCUGCAGCUUAUCGACUAUAUAGGAGAGCAGACAGCGCUGCUUAUAAAAGCGGUGCCAGAAGACCAGCGCCUGGCUAUAGCCAUUAUUCUGGUGAUGUGGGUGUCAGCUCUGGCUUCCUCUCUCAUUGACAACAUUCCCUUCACUGCCACCAUGAUUCCAGUUCUCAUCAAUCUGAGUCAGGAUGCAGAUGUGAACCUGCCGGUUAAACCUCUGAUCUUUGCUCUGGCCAUGGGGGCCUGUCUGGGUGGGAACGGAACAUUGAUAGGAGCAUCGGCCAACGUUGUGUGUGCAGGAAUCGCUGAACAGCAUGGUUAUGGCUUUUCCUUUGUUGAAUUCUUCAAGUUAGGGUUCCCCAUGAUGAUAAUGACAUGCAUGAUCGCCAUGUGCUACCUGCUGGCCACCCACAUCGGACUGGGGUGGAACAUGUAAGCCACGCUUGCCGAACGGAGCCAAAGAAACCGCGCAUGUGUCGACGUGGGUUUUUGCGACCGCACACGCAUGUGUACCAUUCUCCAAACGACUCACCGUGUUACCCGAACGACCGGCCAGACCACAAGCACUACGUCACAAGCUUGGGAAUUGUCUUUGCCUGCAGUGUGAAUCACCAGGGACUCGAUUUACAGGGGCUUUGACCAAAACUUUAAAUAGCAGAAACAGUUCUUUACUGGAUAAAAUGGUUCCUAACCAUAAUGGUAUAUAUAUGGUGCUAUGGCCUCAAUGGGUAUGACAGGUUUGGGUGAUUUCAGCUACAGUAUGGCCUGAUAUCAUUCUUUUGGAUACCCUUAUGGCCUCUUAAGAUCAAUCAGCAAAUUGUUAUUCUAGAUUUGCUCUCGGACACAAUUAGAGGACUGAUCAUGACAUGCCUUACACAAACAUUUCAUCUGGGGAUUGUCGUUUCCUAUGGUGAUGUUUGAAAGAAAUCACAAGACCCAGUGAAAGGGAUUUUAUAACAGCUUUGUCUAUAUUUCUUUCUUAAAAGCAGAAGACAAAAGCACACUCAAAACUAUUCAGUAAACUGUUGUUUGCAGUUUUUACAGCAGUGUUCACACAUUGAUUUUAGUCCAGACCUGUCAAUCAUACUUAAUGUGGUUGUGUCGGGAAGUACUUAAAAAUGUCAGUUUAUGGAACAGACGGCCGCAUCUUACCGUGUCGAGCUCAAACUGUUUCAUGUAUUUAUUGUACAGCCAGGCUACCUGAACAUUGUCUGUCUUUACUAAACUCUGACAUUAUUAAUAAAGACGGUCAUGACUCUCAAGUUUGUUUCCCUUUUGUGUUGCUG